AGUGUCUUCUUCGACCUCUGGCUGGGUAGUUGCGCCACUUAUUACACCCUCGGCCGAUUAUCAGCAGCCUGCAGCCCCUGAGCGGCGAAAAUCGCGUGCGAAGGCUUCGAGCGGGACUUUAAGGUCGUCGGCGGCCGACAUUCUCGUCGAAUCAACGACCGGAGGGGCUCUAGGACGGUACAUACGGAGCGCAGAAUGCUGGGCAACGUUGGACUGUGCCUGCGGGGAGGCGUGAGCAGGGGCGGAGGGGGCGUGGCCGCAGCUGAGCGGGGCCUUCUGCUGGGAGGCCUGUCCAGAAGCCGUCGGGCCGUCGAGCGCAAGACAACUUGUUGGAGCAGCCGAGUGUCCGCACCUUUGUCCACGAUGGCGCCCGGAGUAGACUGCAAGUGCCUGACCCUGGACAACAUUAAUCCAUGCAUCAAGACAAUGGAAUACGCGGUCCGAGGUCCACUCGUGAUCAGGGCGUCCGAGAUCGAGCGUGAGCUGCAACAGGGUGCGAAGAAGCCGUUCACCGAGGUGAUUAAGGCCAACAUUGGCGACUGCCACGCCAUGGGCCAAGUGCCGAUCACGUUCAUCCGACAGGUGCUGGCGCUGGUGUCCUACCCUCCGCUGCUGCAGGACGGCACCUUCCCUGAUGAUGUGAAAAAGAGGGCGCGCGCCAUCCUGGACGGCUGCAAGGGAAGCAGUGUUGGCUCGUACACCGACUCGCCAGGCAUCGAAAUCAUUAGGAGACACGUUGCGGAGUACAUUGAGCGUAGGGACGGUGGUGUCCCUUGCGACUGGAACAACAUCACGCUCUGCGCUGGAGCAUCAGAUGGAAUCAAGGCAGUUAUGAAGCUUCUGGUCAAAGAAGAUGGCGGAAAGAAACCUGGCGUGAUGAUUCCCAUCCCACAGUACCCUCUAUAUUCGGCCACACUUUCUGAGUUUGACAUGUACCAGAUCGGCUACUACCUUAACGAGUCAAACGAUUGGGCCCUGGACAUUCAUGAGCUGCAGAGAUCCUUUGAUGAGGGCAAGAAAAGCUGCAACCCUAGAGCUAUUGUCGUCAUCAACCCCGGCAAUCCGACAGGCCAGGUUCUUUCAAGACAGAAUAUCGAAGACAUUAUCAAAUUUGCGUACAAAGAGAAUCUAGUUAUUUUUGCUGAUGAAGUGUAUCAAGACAACGUUUACGCUGAGGGCAGCCAGUUCCACUCGUUCAAGAAAGUACUGACGGAGCUGGGCGAGCCUUACAGCAAAAUGGAACUCGCCUCUUUCAUGUCCUGCUCCAAGGGCUACAUGGGCGAGUGCGGCCUCCGAGGUGGCUACUCUGAGGUCAUCAACCUCGACCCCGACGUUAGGGCCAUGCUGCUCAAGAGCAUUUCAGCAAUGCUUUGCCCGACAGUGCUCGGCCAGGCGACUAUGGACUGCGUCGUGAAUCCCCCUCAACCGGGUGAGCCUUCAUACGAGAACUUCCAGCAGGAGAAAAAGGCUGUGCUUAACUCUCUGGCCUUGCGAGCCAAUAUGGUAGCUGACACGUUCAACAGCAUUGAUGGAAUCCAUUGCAACCCUGUACAGGGUGCCAUGUAUGCCUUUCCGCGAAUUACCAUCCCUGAUAAGGCAGUUGCCAAAGCAAAGGAGCUUAACCUGGCGCCUGACGCUUUUUACGCCUUUCAGCUGCUUGAGAGUACAGGGAUUUGCAUCGUCCCUGGCUCAGGAUUUGGCCAGAUCCCAGGAACAUAUCACUUCAGGACCACAAUUUUGCCUCUGCCUGAGAAACUGAAAUUCAUGCUCGAGAAGUUCAAGGAGUUCCACCUGAAUUUCGUCAAGCAAUACUCGUAAUUGAUGUCUACGUGCCCAAAUAUAGUUUUUCUUUUUUGUUUCAUCAUUCCUGGGUUAAAUUUAAAAUUUAUCUAUGGGAACAUCGCACUUUGUUUACAUGCGAGGAAAAGUAUAUAGUCUCUGUGAGCUGUGACGGAGGUUUCAAUUUUGGCCACACGUUUUUCUAUUUUUGGCAGUAGUACUCUAUGGUAGUGCUUAAAAAACAAGUAGUCUAGCUUUUUACGCGUUUAAUACUGAAACAUUUAUCAACGACGGAGUGCUCAAAGACUAUCAAUUAUGAAACUAAUGUGUAAAAUAUCAUAUAUUGCUACAUCCUUUUUCGGUGAAGAGGAUCAAGUAUUGAAUGGAGUGCCGCCGAUUGCUUUUAAAUUUGUUGACGAUUGCACUUGUUUCACAUUCACAAAUAUACUUGAAUACAUGUGAUUUCUUAUUUAGGUGUUCAACAUUAACUGAUUGCUGUUGUAGCUGUAAUUUGUUAUUAUGGAUGGAAUAAAUUAGCCAGCAACGCAAAACAAA